AUAUGAAACAAUUCAUAAGUAUUUUAGUGAUUAUAACACUGGCAGGCAGUGUGCAAGUGGAAAAAUGGUUUAAAAGUGCUGAUGACAGCUUGUAUUACAUUGAAGCAGAGGCAAAGUACAGCUGGUUUGAAGCUUGGAAUGAAUGUGCCCGUAAAAAUAUGACCCUAAUAGCCAUAGACACUGAGUACAAAGACUUUCAAAUUGAUGCUUUAAUUAGGAAAUUAUUUGUAAAAUGUCCCUCAUUUUGGUUGGCCGGCCAUGAUAAUGCUGUCGAUAUGCGCUAUGAAUGGGUUACUACUGGAAAUGUAUUCAGUUUCACCAAUUGGGGUCCGGGGCAACCAGAUCGUCUGAAUAAUAAUGAACAUUGUAUAUUGAUUUGGCAAAAUACUUGGCAGUGGUAUGAUUUGCCAUGUUCACAUAAACUUGGUUUUAUAUGCGAAGAAAAUGAAUUUUUGAAAGAAAAGAACAAGGAGUUGAUCAAUUUAAAGAAAACUUGUUUAAAGACCUAAUAAAAUUAGUGUUGUUUUGAAUGAAUAAA